AUGGAUAAAUAUAUCUGAAUUUCUUUUAGAAGAACAACAAUACUAGCAAUCAUCUGCAUAGCGGUAUGUGUUUUCCCAGUUCAAGCAGAGGAUCAAGUCGACGAAGUAAAGUCUCAGAGAAGUCAUGAAAUGGAUCAAUCUCUGACUGGAAGGAACAGAAGGCAGUUAAAUUAGAGCUCCAACACAACAAUACGACCCUUCAGAGUGCCUCAGAGGAUUUUAUGGGGAAGAAUGAUCGCCCUGUCAUAGUUCAUGCAGAACUUGUAGCAAUGGCGACUCCUGAGACACUUGUGAAGAUUUUAUGUACUUGGAUAAGGAUUCUUUAUUGUGUAGAACAUGAUAUCAGGAUUAUUUCUACGAUGACACUACAGAACAAUGAACUAGCUGCGAAGGUUCUUGAAAUAAUGAAUGAGCCCACAGAGAUGAAUGCCUUCAAUGUGGAGAUAGUCUUAUUCUUGAUAUUGAUACAUUUGAAUGAGUCUCUGAGUGAGCAAGUGGAAAAAUUGAAGUGAUUUCAUCUCAAUUCAUCACCAAUAAAAUCUGAAAAACACAAAGUAUUUACGUUGAUCCUGAAAGUUCUAAAGCUAUUGAGCUUGGCACUCUGGAGUACCCAUAUAGGACAAUGUUGGCAGCUGGAUCAGAAAUUUUACACCAUUAUAGCCAUAGUGAUUCAAAUAUUACAGUCUAUACCAAGGAUUGCUAUCUCCAAACAGACCAUUUUUAUAUCAUAAAUAUGACAUCUGUUAAUUUUAUUAACCAUCCAGAUUUGCCAGGAAAUAAAAUGGCAAGUAUAGUUGUCUCAAAUCAUGAACAGGAAUGAAUCUCUCUGAAGGCUCGAGUACAUCUCCUGGCUCACUGAAACACUGAUCCUUCUGAAGAAAUAAGCGCUGGCACAUUCACAGAAUCUGAAUUUUUCGAUUUCUCAAGCUCAAACGUUUGCUUCCAUUUAUCAAGGUCAGAUCUGAAAAUGGAAAAUGUCGAAGUUUAUGCAGAUAAUGUAGACGAUUGAAUUAGAGCUUCCUUUGUACAAGAAAAAACUAUUUGGCUAAGUAAGGACCAAGUCUAG